UGAUUUUCACUGUGGUUACCAAGCACAUUUGCGUUGUUAAAAGAAAAACAAAAAUAUUGCAUAAAAAACCAUGGAAGGUACGCAAUUACCUGCUACAAUUGCUAAUAAUGCCACCCCAGCAAUAGUGAAAACAACUCUAGGACCAAAUGUUGCAACGCAUGCAGCAGGCGCUCCUCCUGCUGCCACUACUGUCAGUGUGGUGUCAUCGACAUCUGUCAACACUUGCGCAGCCCCUGUCAUACCAACAAAAACAACAAUAACAACAACUCCAUUAACAGCAUCAGUAGCAGCAACAACACUUUUGAGUAAAACUCCGAUUCACAAUUUGCCGAUUGAGCUGCUGCAAAACGACGCUGCCAAGCGCCGAAGUUCAUCGCGUACAAUAAAGCGCAAACGUUUUGACGACGAAAUCGUUGAAUAUAAUUUAACAAUACCAAACAGCCGUGGCGGCGGUGCCGAUGCAAACCGAUCGAAUAGACCGCGCACCACAUCGCAGAAUUACACAGGCAUCCCCACAACACCCACGAGUUUGCUGCAGUCGCCUGCAACAACUGUUGUUACCGCGGAGACAUCACAAACCGCGGGCCUAGCUGUUGAGACGCCACUUGGAGUAGCAGCAAGCAACGUUGCAGCAGCUGCCACAACACCUGCAACACCCACAACGCCUGCAACGCCCAGCCUACCGUUGCCCACGAUUAUUGCGCCAGUGCAACAACAACAAACGCAAGCGCAGCCGAAACCUAAACCAAUUAUGGAACGUGCUCCUGCCACAGAGCGCCGUCCACGUCCCGCACGUCCGGCGAGCAACAAGAAGCCGCGUCGCAAUGGACGCCCCCUGGCACAGAUGGCCACCAAGGAUUUGGGUCGCUGGAAGCCAAUCGAUGAUCUGGCGCUUGUCAUAGGUAUACAACAAACCAACGACUUGCGCAUGAUUCAUCGUGGCGUAAAGUUCUCGUGCAAGUUUACGCUUCAGGAGCUGCAGCAGCGUUGGUAUGCGCUGCUCUAUGAGCCCGCGGUGUCGCGCAUUGCCGUUUCUGCCAUGCGCAAUCUGCACCCCGAGCUGGUGGAGUCGGUGCAGCGCAAGGCACUCUACAGCGUGCAGGAGGAGGAUCUGCUGGGCACCAUUAAGAGCACUGAUACACCCAAAUUGGAGCAGUUCCAGGCGCUGCUGGACAAGAAUGCAGCAAUCUUUUAUUGUGCACGCACAGCAAAGUCGCUCCACAAUCAUUGGCUGCUGCUUAAGCAGUAUUGCCUGCUGCCAGAUCAAACUGUGAAGCCUCUACACGGCAGCGAGCCGCUUAGCUUCUCGGAUGCCGAGGAUCAGAUCUUCGAUCAGGACUUGCAUGAGCCGCGUGACGAAGCCUUGGAAGUGGAACUCGCUUUGGCGGAUCGUCGCAACAAACGCGACAUACGUCUGCUGGAGAAUGAACUCUCACGAUGGGGCGUACUCGUUGACUCUGUGCUGGGACCCACAGCAGCUAGUGAGUUUGAUAAUCAGACGCUAGCUUGUCUGUGCGGACGCUUGGUGCGCUAUUUAAUGCGAUCCAAGGAGAUUACAUUUGGUCGCGAGGCCAAGGAAUGCGGCGUCGAUGUGGAUCUGUCGCUGGAGGGACCUGCUGCGAAGAUAUCAAGACGUCAGGGCACCAUUAAGAUGCGCAGCAAUGGCGACUUCUUCAUUGCCAACGAGGGCAAGCGUGCGAUUUUCAUUGAUGGCACACCGUUGUUGAGUGGCAAUAAGACACGCUUGGCGCAUAAUUGCACUGUGGAGAUCUCGGGACUGCGCUUUACCUUCUUGGUGAACUAUGAGCUCAUCAAUGCCAUACGGCAGGAGAGCGCCAAGACUUCGAAUCCACUGAAUUAGCUUAGCUUUAGAGUAACUUAGAGUUUAAGCAACUGCAGCAAGGUCGCUGUUAUGUAUUUCUAUUCUUAAAACUAGUUCUGGAAAUAUACGAGACAUAAACACUGGCAUAAGCGUGUACUUAAUGACGCCCACUUGGCUUCAAAAUAAAGUCAAUGUGCUCACGCCUUCGAUCGAACGGAAGCAAGAUCAAGAUACUCAACUAUGUAUGCCGGCGGCAGCCAAGACAAUUAAUUUCGUUAAGAAUUGUCAGCUUUUCGAUGUGUAACAGGAUAUCGUUUAUAUUGCGGUCAGUUUGGUUUUCGAUGCCCACACGCGCCUUUAGACGCGAAUUCGAGUUCAUAACUCCUACGCAGUCGAAACUCAGUCAGCAACUACUUCAGGCCAAGAACAACGAGAACGUGGAGCAAAUGUGCUCGACUGUUAGAUACCCGCUACCCAAUAUUAAUAAAAGAAAAACAUUGCGGUAUUAAUUUUAAAAUAUACCACAAAAAUAUUAAAAAUAUACCAAAUGAUACGUUUGGUAUAUACUACAAUCGAAAUAUAUUAUAGAGUGUAAAAUAUACCAGAUUUAUACCAGGCAAAGCAACAUACAAAAGUAUUUCUUUUUUAACUUCAACAAUUUUAAUCCGAUCGCAAUCAAAUUUGUAUGAAUUAUAAAGACUAUAGUUACUAUUGUAUGUACCGGAAGUAAUGUAUCUAGCGUGUUAUUUGAUUUUUUGGAAAAUUCGAAAAUUUGAAACAAACUUGAUAUGCAAACAUACAUAUAGUCACUGAGAUCUAAGUGUUGCUACGGAUGGACGCACAGCUAGACAUACGGACGGACAGACAGAAAGACACACGGACAUGGCUAUGUCGUCUCAACUAUUGACACUUAUCAAUAAUAUAUAUUCGUUAUAGGAUCGGAGAUGCCUGUUACAUACUUUUUCCAUAGACACACAGUUAUAAUACCCUUCUUACUCUAUGGAUAGCAGGUAUACUUCAAAAGCAAGUAGGAGAUUUAAGUUCUUGGCGCGCUAUGUCAUGCGGCUAAUUUGUGGCUGAAGUCGUAAACUGUUAUUAAUUACAGCAUAGCUCUUAAAAGUGGCUACUAGCAUACUACUAUAAACCAUUCCUAAUUAUUCUAUUCGCAUCAAGAGUGUCGCGCAGUUUUUUCAUAUUUUGUUUUUGGGAAUUUCUAGUUAAAGACCAUCAAACCAUAAAAAUAACGAAAAAAAGGCAAAAGAGACACGCGAUUGUUGUUCACAUUUUCGUUCCCAUAUGUAAUUAAAUUAAAAUUUAAAUAAAGACAUUUGUCAAAUUACAGAAAUUUGUUCGCCGACUAA